GACACGGGGUGACAUAGGAGCUGGCGGUGACAAGACCACGCCAGAGUGCUUGGAGCACGCGACGGGACAGGACGGGACAGAGCGGUGCCGUGAGGAGCCCCCGCACAGCGCACUCGUUCGUGUCUGACCCGGAGCUUUUCCCAGGCGUUAUUCCUGCAGCUGUCCUCGAGGCCAGACCACAGGACUUGGUGACCUGUGGCCUUCCUGAGGCUUCUCUUCUGCAGGAGUCUCCUGUCCUUGUGGCAGGAGCCCUCAAGACCAGAGUGCAGGACUUGCUGUCCUGUAGCCUUCCUGAGGCUCUUCUCUUGAAGGUGCCUUCCAGGCACGACUGCAGGACUCGCUGACUCGGAGCUUUUCCGAGGCAUCUCUCCUGCAAGUAGCCUCAAAUCCAGUGACUGCCAUGGAGCAGAGAUCCCUGAGAGGGCCCAAGCUGGCCUGGGUGCAGGAGGAGGAAGAAGGCCCUGGAGCUGCCCCAAUAGUGGAGAUCAAAGAGGUGGUGCGGUUCAAGACUCUACAGGAGGAUGCAGCCGUGGACCGCACACAAGAGCAGGACCCCGCCCGUGGCCUCUUCCGCAGAACAGUGGAGGUGCCCGCCAUGGUGAGGUACAUCCACGAGUGGCUCAUGGACAAUCAGUUUGCUGAGCAGAGGCUGAUCAGGGCCCUGCUGCAUCUCACCGAAGAACAGCCUGCUGAUGUAGUAAUGACACUCCUGUGUGUGGCCCCAUCCUGUGACAGAGCUGCUUUCACCAUGUGGAAGAGCAUCAUGUGCUCUCCCAGGACUGCCGAGCCAGUGCAGCUGAUGCUCCUCGAUGUGCUGGGGAGUUGGCCAGAGCACAGCACGUUCACCUCUGAUGGGGACAAAACGGGUGUCUUUGUCCUGGCUGCAACUCUGGUGAUGUGGGAGAUCCUCCAGGUGCCCUGUGUCCCACAUAUGGUGACGGUGUAUUUCCCCCACCUACUUGUGCAUCUGCUCUUCCAAGUGUUCUUCAGCACUCUGGAUAUGCCAGAGGAGGUCGAUACCUUCUGGAAGGGAUGCCAGCAGCAAUACGGCCUUGCCACCAGCCCCAACAGGUUUGCAGUGCGGACCCUGAAGUCCCUGCUCUGCCAAAUGGAGCACGAGGAUGUGGUGCUGGCAAUGGAACGCAAGCGUGGCUGGGACACGCUGCUGUGUGCUGACACCCACCACUAUGCCGUGGGUCUGCUGGCCAGGGAGAUAUCCCGUGUCUCCAUCCCCUUGUGCUCCCGGAUCGCUCGCUACCUGCUCCAGCUGCUCAACACACUGGAGCCACGCUGGGAGCUGCCCGCCCUGGCGUUCCUUGUGGAGGUCCUCGAGUGCCUGAACUUGAGUGGAGGCAGUGCUAACAGAGUCCUGCAAAUCUUGUCAAGGCACCUGCACAGCAAGUGCAGGGACAGGCGUCGCCUGGCGCUCAGGGCCCUUCUCAAGCUCAUUGACAAUCCCUCGAUGAGUGAAAAAAUGGGGAGCCUGACUGAAAGUCUUGUGGAGCUCCUGUGCGACGCAGAUGGAGAGAUAGUUAGCAUGACAGUCAUGCUCCUCAGCUUUAUCUCCCGGGACAAGGACAUGCUGAUAGGCAGCUCCAUUGCACUGCAGCUGGUUGAGGCGCUCCUGCCACUCUUUGACCACGUAAGGCUCGCUGCCUCCAGCCACAGCCACUGGCUGCUGCCCAGACACUUUGUGCCCUGUGGAUUUCCAGGCCUGAGCCAAGCUGAGCCCCAUGCAGCCGAUUACAAUAGCCAGGUGCAGCUGCUCUCCAUCCUGCUCUUCCAAACAUUGGUGUCUCUUCCACUGCAAAAGGACAAAAAGGCCCUGAAGACACACGCGCGCCAGAGCCUGCUGCCACUCUUCUUCCACUGCCAUGAUGAGGAUGGGCGUGUGGCACAGGCUUCUCAGGAAACGCUGCUUUGUGUGGCCCAGUUCCUGAAGAGGAGGGAUCUGGAAAAAGUGGUGAAGAAGAAGAAGCUGUGGAAGUUCACCGAGUGCCUGCUGGCAGACGACAGCAGCAGAGCGGCCGAGCACCUGCGCCAGGCCAUGCCCUACCUGGAGAGCCCAGAGGAGCCCCUGCGAGAGGCGGCCAUCAGGUUCCUGGGGAUGGCCGGGCGGCAGCUGAGGGGGAAGAAGGAAGAGCUCCAGCUCAUCUGUGAGGCCCUUGAAGGCACGGCAAAUGACAUCAGCGUCGCCGUUGGAAGCCUGGCAAUUCAAACAUUGUACGUCCUCCAGGCAGUAGAGAGAGCUGGAUAUUCCAUCUUGGACAGCCUGCAUGAUCAGCUCCGCAGGGCAUGGAGGACACGGCCUCGUCUCUUGGGGCUCGGCUGGCUGCGCUGCCGGAGCUGUGCAGAGUGCUGAUCCCAGAGGCUCUGUCUGCUGGGGCCACCUGAGCCAGCAGGAAUGUUUCCUUUGUUCAAGGUUAUUCUUUCGUUCUUUUUGCUUUUCUGUAGCAUAGAAAUAUAGGAUGUGUUGUAAUAGA